AUGUCAAGUGUUAUUUCAGACAGUAAUCACGAUAGUCAAGUUCCUGAAACUGAUAGAGCUGAUAGCUCUGAAGAUUCUUCUAUUGGUAGACCCGAAGAUCCUGUAAAUGCUGAGUAUAUUAAACUUGGUACACGAGAUAAGCAUGGACAUGUAGCAAUAAAGUUAGUUGAAAGCCCUUUUUUUAUUGAUUUACUUAAAAACCUUAAUGCGGGUUACACACCUCCUAGUCAAAAAAUUUUAAGCAACCUUUGGCUUGAUCAAGAAACUGCACGUAUUACAGUAAAUAUUGAUGAACAGCUUAAUCGGCUUAAAAAUUUAACUUUAGUUCUUGACGGGUGGACGAGUGGAUCGCAUCAUUCUUAUUAUGCAUUUGUUAUUAUUACUUCAGAUAGACAACAAUAUGUUCAUUCAGUUCAAGAUUUUUUUUCUUAUUCACAUACUGGAUGUUUUUUAUCAAAUGAAAUUAUUAAAAUAAUUGAGGAAAUUGGUCUAAAUAAAUUCGGAGCUGUUGUUUCAGAUGGUGCUGUGGCAAUACAACUUGCAAAAAAUUUUGUUGCUAAUAAAUAUCCGCAUAUUAUACCAGUUCGCUGUAUUGUGCAUCACAUUCAGUUAAUAGCAACAGAUAUUAUUAAGAAAACUUCUUUUGGAUCACAAGUUCUUUCAAAAUGCCAAGAAUUUGUUACUUACUUUCAAAAUUCUCAUAUGUCUGGUGCCCAGUUAAGAAAUGAAAUUACUGAUUUAUUUAUUAAAGAACCUGUUUUACGAAAUAUUAUAGAAAAUAAUCCGAGAGCACUUAGUGAAAAAUUAAGAAAUUAUAUUACAAGUCGUGAGUUUUGGGCUAAUAUUGAAUGUCUUCAUAAAAUUCUUGAACCUACUAAAAUUGCUGUUAAAACUGUUGAAUCAUCAAAUUCACAAGGUGGAGGAGACAAUAGUGUGCGAGAAUUAAUUGCACAAAUACAUAAUUAUGAUCUUCAAAAUUCUCCAUAUUAUUCCGUUUUUCAAGACCAUAUUGAACUUCCAGAAACCUGUGCAGGGUGUGAGCGUGUUUUUUCAGUAUUGAAUUGGUUUACUCAAAAACGUCGAAAUAGAUUGACCGUAAAAAAAGUUUCAAAUAUGGCCAAAUUACAUGCAUAUUAUGUCACAAAUGCACGCCAUGAACUUAAUUAUGUUGGACAAAAUCUUUCAGAAAAUGAUUUUUUAAAAAUGAUGCAGGAUUACACUCAUUCGCUUACUUCAGGUUCUGCCAUUAUUAAUUUGGCUUAUGCUUUGAAUAAUACAAAUCAACCUACGAUUCUAGAUGAAAUUAUUGAUCAUGGUGAAACCGAUUUUGAUAUUGACGCACUCACUAGUCAAGGAAUGCAAAUGCGAAAUGCAUUAGUAGACAAAGAAAGCGAAGAUUUUAGUAAUGAUGUUCGUCUAAGAACUAUAUCAAGUAUUGUAUUAGUAGUGUUGGUGAUUGGGAGAUUGAAAGGCAUUGGCCUUCCAACUCUAAUGCUUUCCAGUAACUUUGCCAUUGAAGAUCGUAGACAAGCUAUAUAUAGCAUUGAAUCUCAUAAGAUGCCCUAUUACGCUGAGGUUCUUAUUACCAAUAGGAGACUUUCACGAGAACAAGCUUCAGGACUUCACGCAUUUGUUAAUUUAUUUUCAACCGUUGAAUUAAUUUUGAUGGUUAAUUUAUUUUCAACCGUUGAAUUAAUUUCAACUGUUAAAAAUAAUUUCGACCCUCGUAAAUGGGCUGAAAAAAAUUUAAAUGACUCUAUAGAUAUUUGGGAGUUUUAUGCAGGCCCUUUUCGGGUUAUAGUUCCUUGUGACGCGAAAUACCUCGAUAAAAUAUAUUUGUCGAAUAAGAAUUUAUCUUGGAAAUCAAAUUUUUUUAAACGCAACCUUGCUGCUUAUGAUGAAGUUGGAGCAUUAAAAGGCCUAAUCUUUAAUAAUAAUUUUCAUGAAUGGAAACGAAACCGACAAUUUAUCACUAAAGUUUUAAUGUCAAAAAAAUAUCAUUCUGAAUUUAUAAGUAGCGUUCAAAAGAUAUUUAUAGAACUUGAAGAUCAUUGGAAUGAAAGUGGUGCUAUAACCUUAGAUCUUUCCAAAUGGGUAUCUAAUUAUAAAACAAAAGUAGCAAUCGAGACAAUCAUUGGACAACCAUCAUCAUCAUACAACUUGCUGUCAAUUUCCAAAGCUGCAUCUGAAUAUAUUGCAAUGCUCGCUUUCUUAGUCUUUGUACCAAAAUGUAUUAGCAGUAUAGUUAUGUUCUUUGCUUUUAGUACUAUGAAGAAGAAUUCCGUUUUCUUGAAUGGUACAGUGCGUAGCAUUAUUGAAAAUCGUAGGAAUGAGGUUAAAAAUGGAUCAACUGUAAAAUUUAAUUUACUGGACCUAUUGUUGAUUGCAAAUUCACCAAAUGAUUCUGAAGAAUAUAUCAAAGGCGAACAACCUAUGAAUGAUGAUGAAAUUGAAUCUAAUCUUGCUGAAAGUUUUUCUGCUUCUAUUGAGACGACCAGCUCAGCUUUUUGUUUUCUUAUCUAUACUAUUGCCAAAAACCCUUCAAUUCUUGGAAAACUUUGUGCAGAAAUUCUUAAAAUCUUUGGUUCUGAUACAAACUCAAUGAUUACUCACGAAGCCCUUGAAAAAUGCCUCUAUGUAGAUGCACUAGUUAAAGAAAUCUUACGUCAUUCAAGUCCAGUUCCAUAUAAUUUACGCAUGCUUGACGGUUAUGAAAGCACAGAUAAAUUUCGUUGGUUGCCCGGAACAUGCUUCCUUGUUGAUAAUCGUCGAAUAAUGAAUAAUCCUAAAUAUUGGAAUGAACCAAACAAAUUUAAUCCCGAUAGAUUUCUCAGUAAAGAAAAUGGAGGCACUGGAGAAUUUAAUACAGCACUUACCAAGUUCAUGAUCUAA